UUGUAAAUCAAUGUGGAGUUCAUACUGUUCCUUAACCUUCAUAUUUCUUUUAAGUUCUCUUGCGCUUGCGAGCAGCCAGGGCAUGACUGGAUCUUAUGAAAACAUUGUAAAGAUCUCAGUAGAGUAUGAUAAAGACUUAGAAAUAAUUUAUCAUAAUGGAAAAGUCUUCAUGGACGUCUCCAGAAUGGAGCCAAUCCAGAAUACUCUAAAAUAUGAAGAAGCCACAAGCUUGGCAGAGCCAGCCCCAAUUGAGGAGGAAGAGAGUUCUAGUGGAGGAAGAUUCCCUCCAGGAAGUUACAUGUUUUACUACUGCCUCAUAGUUGCAGUUCUUCUGACUCUUGGAGCUGGUGUCAUGAGUGGCCUCACAGUUGGAUAUUUAUCAAUCGAUCAGCUUGAACUCGAAAUGAAAUUACAGAAUGGAACAGAAGAAGAGAAAAAGAAUGCUCUAGCAGUAUUACCCGUGCUUGAAGAUCAUCACUAUCUGCUUGUUACACUUCUUUUGGCAAACGCAUUGUGUAUGGAAGCUUUGCCAAUUUAUCUGGAUAGUAUCGUUCCUUCAGCUUAUGCUAUUUUAAUCUCAGUCAUUGCUGUCCUUUUCUUCGGAGAAGUAAUCCCUCAAGCCAUCUGUACUGGGCCUCAGCAAAUUAAAAUCGGAGCAUUCUUAGCACCACUUAUUCAAAUAUUAAAAAUAGCUCUUGGAAUUAUCUCUUAUCCUAUCGCUAAGAUUCUGGAUUGCAUUCUUGGUGAGCACAUGGCAACAAGAUAUUCCAACAACGACUUGAAAGCAUUAAUUGAACUUCACUCAUAUCAUGCACUUGAAGCUAUGGAUCAUGAACAAAACUGGAAAGCAGAAAAUCGUGGACUCAAACCAUACCAGACAAAGAUGAUCAAAUCAGUCUUAGACACCAAGGAUGGAUUUGUAGACAAGUUGAUGGUUCCAGAUAAUAAAAUUUUCAAAGUCAACAUUAACAAAAAUAUUAACAACAAAUUGGCUAAGAAGCUCACAGAUGCUGGAUAUAGUAGAAUCCCUGUGUACGAUGGAGAUGAUAAAAAUAGAAUCGUUGGUAUUCUUCUCAUCAAACAAUUGAUUGGACUUGACCUUACCGAGGAUAGAAAGAUUAGCGAUCUUGUCAAAGAAGGAGAAGUGGUACUUAGGAAACCAUUAUUCAUCUCACCCAAAGAAAAGUUUGAAGGUCUUCUCAACCAUUUCACAAAAGGAAGGUCUCAUAUGGCCAUCAUCACUGACGAUCCAAUAAAAAUGGAUAAGUAUGCUCAAGGGCUUGAGGAAAAUGCGAACGAAAGAUCUUUAGGUGAAGGCAGCAGGGAUGAUACAAUGAAAAGUGAUAUUAAACCCGCCAAAGUUCUUGGACUACUUACUCUUGAAGACCUAAUUGAAUAUAUCAUCAAAGAAGAUAUCCUGGAUGAAGCUGACUAUGAUAAAGACCUGAUGCAAAACAAAAACCCAAAUAUCAUGGUCAACAACAGAAACUGGCAUCAAAAUUCCAACAACUUGUCUCAAUUAUUUAUUGAAAAUAGAAGCAAAAUACAUGACUUUGUCCACAGUCAUCUAAAAGAGAGUUUUGAAGAUCACAAGAAGUUCAAGUUCAGGAAGAACUUAGCCCAAUCGAUCACGAUUGACAAAAAGGACCUCACACAUUCUCUUUUAGACAAGGAGUCUAGCGUAAUGGACAACCCAAUUAAAGAGAGGGAAGAUAACAAAGAAGAUCAAGCUUAAU